GAGAACACACCGCACAAAGAGUGGAGGAGAGCAGGAGAGGAGAGCAGGAAAGGAGAGCAGGAAGAACUUUGUCUGUGGGGUUGCUCUUCUCAUUGCCUUCAGUUGACCUCAAGGCUUUGUGGAACUGGACUAUGGGACAUGGUUAGGUACAGUAUAUGGGCUCUGGCUGAAGCUCUAAGGACUUUAUGGGUGUUUGAGACUGGGGCCUACUGUGGAUGUCUGGGUACUGAGCCCCUGAGUCAUCGUCUAUGAAUACACUGGCUGUCUGUACUUCAGUGAGUGUGUCCAAGCCAGCUAACCUCAAGGAGGAAGACGGUGGAGAUACGCACAGACACAAACAUAUGUCCUACAGAACAUGAAUGAAAAAGGACACUCUUUGAUGCUUUUGAGUGUGAAGUAACACACACACGCACACACACACACACACACACACACUCUCACACACACACACACACACACACACACACCCUGAGACAUGGAUACUAUGGUGAAGCAGUCUCUGGCAGUGCCCAUGAAGAAGCUGUCCAGCUGUGUGACAGGGGUGAAGGAGAGAGAGGUGUGGGCCAGGCGCAGGGCCAAGAGGUGGACAGGAGGAGUAAAGAGCACCCCUCCACGGAUGGGACACACCUACGUCAUACGCUCCUACCAAACUGACCUGGAGAAGGAGAGAAAGCUGAGGGAAGCCCUGAACGCUCAGAAGCAUGCAGAGAGAGCCGCCAUGAGGGAUCACUUCAGGAAUAAGUACCAGCUCUCCAAGAGCUCCAAGGACACCAGCCACCUGAGUGCGGUUAGAGAGAAAGUGGCCCUCCCCCGUCAGCUGACUAAACUGAUUCGUCCUGAGACCCCGACCAAGGACGAUGGCUACAGCCUGCUGAGCGCCUUCCAAGGCCUCAGCUUCAACAUGGGGAUGCUUGGAGGCAAGCAGAGCAAGUCGCCCACUCCAAUGUCAGUCAACGGAGAGGCCUGCAAAGUCAUGUGAUCAAAGAGAACAUACUAGAUGCUACACAGAAUCAACAUGCAACAUGCUAAAAACAUGCAAUAUGCCUAUAUGAUGAAAAAUAACAUUGCAUUUUAAUACAACGUCAUUGAAGGCAUCAAGGACACCUCCCUCAGAUAACUAUGUGGUUCUCUAAAUCUUUUUCCUCAUUGUCUUCACUCUGUUUUUAAUGUUUUCUUUACUAUUCUUGUGUCUUAUCUUUAUUCUUGUAUUAUAAGACUACAGCUGCACUGGUUGUGUAGCAGCAGAUUGGAGGGGAAACAUUGGCACCUCUAUCCCGCUAUCCCUUUAUCUCCUUAUCUCCUUAUCUCCUUAUCUGUCUUUAUCACUCUAUUUUAUAUUUCUCUCUCUCUUCCCCC